CGCGCUUGUCCGUGGAAAGAUCGGCAGAGCGAGGAGAUGUUGAUCGCCCAAUGUGGUGUAAAGCGGACGCUUCCCCCCAGCACUUUGUCUACCCUCCUGCACAGAUCUGCCCGAGCGAGUGCGAGCCGAUCUCGCUUUUUGCAAGAGCAGCCUCGGUGGAUACCCCGCUCCACUUGGACCUCCUCGCCCUCUUACUCGACGCUAUCGUCAGGUCUGGUCGCUAGCUCAUGGAGGGCUGCACCCUCGCUUGCGUACUCACGCGUCGGACUCGGUCUGUCUGCCGUGCUGCUAGGCGGUCUGCUCAUUCACACCUCGCCAUCGAGGAUAAAAUGUGAUAGCUUGUCUGCGCCCUAUGUCUCAUCUCGCUCCGGCUUGGAUGAGCCAGAGCGAGUACAGCUCUCUUCGCUGGGCUUCGGGACUGUCUGCGGCAUAUGUGCUGGCGUCUUCAUCAAGAAGGGUCUCAAGACCAUCGCAUUCUUUCUAGGCGGACUCUUCGUCCUGGCUCAAUACCUGGGUUCGCAGUCGCUCCUCAAAAUGGACUGGGCCAGAAUGUCGACGCGCUAUAAUUCCGUCAUCGACCGCGCCGCCGGUGGUCCGAACCCAGUGCAGGCACGAGGCUGGGCGGGCUCACGGCUAGGACGCAUCGCCAAUCGGUUCGCCGACUUUCUCACUGCCGAUUUCGGCCCAAGGGCGACCUUCCUUGCGGGACUUGCACUAGGUCUACGCAUAGGCUGAUGCAUGCUACACGUUGUACAAACAUACAAGCAAAUAUGUCUAGUGUGUGGGG